AUGGCGACCGACAACAAAUACCCAUUUUGGGGCUACCCGGCACCUAUCAAGGGGCCGGAGACUGCAUACAAGGGCGAGCGAAAGUCGAACCCUGCUAUGCGAGGAUGGAUUUUGAUGCCAGCAGCAUACCUGCUCGAGCAGAUUCGUCCUCUCAGGGAGAUGAUCUGGUCAAAUGCCGGCUUCUCGUCGCUGCGCAAGCUCCGCGAGAAAAUCGAGGAUUAUGAGCCUCUCCACGAUCCCACAGUUGUGCCUCUCGACCACAGGCUUCUCUUCGCGGUCAAUGGCAAUGGGGGCCCCCACAUCAAUGGCAAUGGCAAUGGCAAUGGACAUGUGAACGGUGUGACGCCAAGACCGGGCUCGUCGGCCUCAGCGGAACUACCAUCUCACACGGACUCGUCUCCUCACACUAUCUCACUUACCAGCUACUACUCGACGAAAACUUAUCGCGACCUGUACCUGAAGGGUGAUCUUACGCCUACUGACGUCGCAAAAGCCAUACUACCACUCAUUCGACGAGACAUUGAGCCCAAGGGCUCCCACCAUCUCAUCUUCUUCGACAGCAAGGCCGAGCUCGUCCUCAAUGUAGCCGAGGAGUCAACCCAGCGUUACCGCGAGAACCGUUCUCUGGGACCGCUCGACGGCGUGCCGUGCGCUAUCAAAGAUGAGUACGACCUUGACGGGUACAAGUGUUGCCUGGGCUCUUUGAAUGACUACACCGCGGAAAUCGUCGACGAGAACGAUAGCAUCACUUCCUGGUGUGUCAAGAAGCUACUCGAGGCGGGAGCCGUCAUCGUCGGGAAGACCAGCAUGGUCGAGUUUGGGCUGGACACACCUGGCAACAACCCCAACUACGGAACACCGCGGAACCCUUUCAAUGAGGACUACUACACCGGCGGGUCAUCCUCGGGCACAGCCGCGGCCAUCGGGUCGGGGCUGAUCCCGAUAGGGCUGGGUAGCGACGGCGGCGGCAGCAUCCGGAUCCCGUCGGGCUUCUGUAACAUCUUCGGGCUUAAGCCCACGCACGCACGGGUCUCGUUCUGGCCGAGCGCGAACCACUCCAACACGUGUGCCGUCAAUGGACCCAUGGCCGCGGACAUGGAGUCGCUAGCCACGCUCUUCGAGGUCAUCGGCCAGCCGCACCCGGACUCGCCCUUUGCUUUCCCCAGCGUCCCGAGACUGCCCCCGGCGGCCAAGAUGCUCGAACAGACGCCCGGCAGGCCCAAGACCCUGGGAAUUUGCCGUGCCUGGUUCAACGACUGCGCGCCCGCGGUCAGGGAACUGUGUGAGGGGAUGGUGGAUACCCUGGUGGCUAAGCACGGCUACAAGGUGGUUGACAUACAGAUUCCGUUCUUGGCGGAGGGCCAGUUCGCACACGCCAUGACGGUCUUGACGGACGCAUCUACGUUGUUGCCCAAGUAUGACAACCUGACAUAUGCGAACCGAAUUCUCCUAGCCCUGGGACGCACAACCCCAGCGACAGACUACCUCCUCGCGCAGAAACUCCGCCGCUGCCUGAUGACGCACCUGUCGUGGCUGUGGCGGCAACACCCGGGCAUGCUGAUCAUCACGCCGACGACGGCCUGCGCGGGGUGGCGCAUCCGGGACGGCAAGACGAGCAGCAGCGGCGAGCUCAGGGUCGGCAUCUCGGACGGCGACAAGACCAUCGAGACGAUGCGGUACGUGUGGCUGGGCAACUUCUGCGGCCUGCCCUCCAUCAACGUCCCCGCUGGCUACGCGAGCCCCGACGCCGGCGGCAAGGGCGAGAGGGUCGCCGAGAAGGGUACCGUCGGAAAGGUUCCCGUCGGCUUCAUGGCCACGGGCGAGUGGGCGUCUGAGGAGAGCCUGAUUGAGUUUGGCGUUGAGGCCGAGCGGGCUGGUGCCGAGUGGCGGGAGAGGCCUAGGGGGUGGGUUGAUAUUGUUGAGUUGGCUAAGAAGGAGAGGAGCACGGAAUAA